AUGUCCGAAGACCGCCUCUGGAAGUUCAAGAGACCAGAAUGGCUCAAUAGCGUUUGGGCGCGCAACGCAGGGGUCUAUGCCGCCGGCGGCCUGUUCUCCCUCGCAUUCUACACCCUCCUCGACUCGGCCGUCUGGUCCAAGUCGGCGCUCAACGGCUCCACCCUGCACGUCACCUUCGUUGACUGGCUGCCCUUCAUCUUCAGCAGCCUGGGCAUGCUCAUCAUCAACAGCGUCGAGAAGGCCCGCCUGUCGGCCGACAGUUUCAGUUAUUCCGGGUCGGGCGUGGCGUGGAAGGCGCGCGUAGUGCUCUUCCUCGGGUUCGCCGCUCUCGCGGGGGGGAUGGCCGGCGGCGUGACGGUGUUCGUGCUGAAGUUCGUCGUGCCGGGCGUCCCGUUCCCUGCUAUGACUAUGGGCGUGGAGAAUGUGGUGGCGAAUGCGCUUGUUGGGUUGAGCUCGGUCGUGCUUUGGGUCAGCCAGAACAUGGAGGACGAAUAUUCAUAUAACCUUGCUCUUUGA